AUGCUCGCCUCAAUCGAUGAAGACGGGCACCAAGCAGAGGAUCACUACGUCUCCCCGUUAGCGAACCUCCUGUCCUCCAUCGCACCGGCGGAAAAGAUGGAGGACAUCAAACGUCUUCUACACCCCUCCUUCCGUAUGCGAUGCUUCGACGUAUUGCUGUCUGCGUUUGAGACAGCUACGAAGAUCGUGGGGGUUCAAUCCGCCAUCAAAGCACUGAAGAAGCAGUUGUUCGAGAAGAAACUCCCGACUGCAGUCAACCCCAUCGUACGGUCGAAGGUUGGCACUCAGUUCACCUCCCUAUAUCCCACGGAACUCAGGGAGAAAGCGGCUCGGGAUAUGGCCGCUAUCCAACAAGAGUGCGCCCUCAGACUGCAUCAAACCAUCAUCGAGCAGAAAGAGGCAGAGCUCGAAUAUCUCCAAGUCCUAAACUCCUUGGGAAAUCUGGACGAACUGCUGCGUGCGGCAGUUAAAAAAGAUUUCCUAAGUGCCAAGCUCCAACACGGGUCGCGCCCGGGACAGGAGGAUGUCAACAUGGAUCUAGGCGAUACCCCAACUGAGUCGAGAGACCAACGGGAUAUCGCUGGAGAAAUGGAGAUUCCCCAGUUUUUGUUGGUAGAAAGGGAUGCAGCCCUAGCGCUUGCCCCUUUAUUGGCAGUACGUGUCCUUGAGAUGGCACGUACGAGGCAGGCAAACAAAGACUACCUCCUUGAGAAGAAAGUUUCUCUCAAGGAGCGUACGAUCCUUCGAGUGGCACAGGAAACCCCUGAGUCCGAGGAAGCUAGACUUUCUCGACUCAUUAAGGGAAUCCUCUUGAAGGAUAAAAAACAAGCCCAUAAGACCAAAAAUGUCAAGAAACCGGCUGCCCCCAAGGGAAACAAACCUCAGGGGAUCAAAAAAUCGAAAGGAAAAGGAAAAGAGAAGGCGAAAGCCCAAUCUACUCCACAUCCAGCGUCGUCCACGAAGAGCCACAAGAGGAAGCCUUCAACAGACGGAAAAGGUGCCGAGAAGAAAGCGAAGCGAUGA